CCCGCCAGAGGACGGGAAGCAAGAAAACAAGCGUACAAAAAUUAAUAAAGAUGGCGGCCCUCAAAAGAUAUGUUAGCAGAAGCGAUUCGAUUGAAACGAAAGAAUGACAUUGAUGUAAUUUAAUUUGCAUUGAUUUUUAUGAAUCGGUAAGCUCCCGUUUUCGUAGAAAACAAUUAUAAUGAAAAAGGACCGAGAUCGUAUAAAACGUUUAAUAUGUCACGAAGGAAUUGUUGAAAUUUAUUGAAUUAACUUCAGAAAUAAGCAAGGAAAUUAUCCAAUCUUCACAAUUAAGUAGAUGAAAAUGAUUAAUAAAGACGUAUCGAUCAAGAUUUAGGGUAAAAAUUUGAAGAUAAUGUCAUCACGUAUUUAUUAAAUGACUAAUUGUCACAAGUUAGUGUUUUACAAAUUUAAAAUGAUUUAUUUCCUCUAUCUCAUUCUACUUAUCGUUGAAUCGUCAAUAUUUUAUUCAGUAUCAAAAGUUUAUUAAUAAUUGGGUUAGUGCUAUAAGAAAUCUGUUGGUAUUUGGAUUUUAAAAACAAAAAUAAGGCAAAAAGGAUACAACUGAAGAGAAUGUUAUGACAUGAAAAAAAUGAUAGAUACUGAUGCUAAUAAUAAUUCCAAUUUAGAGAAAUCAGAAGCCAACAAGCUUUGUGGAGUUUGUGGUGAUAAAGCAUUUGGAUACAAUUUUAAUGCCAUUACUUGUGAAUCGUGCAAGGCAUUUUUUCGUAGAAAUGCAUUAAAGACAAAGGAAUUCAAGUGUCCUUUUGACGAAAAUUGUAAGGUGAAUAUUGUUACUCGACGUUUCUGUCAGAAGUGCAGAUUAAAAAAAUGUUUUGAUAUAGGAAUGAAAAAAGAAUGGAUUUUAACAGAUGAAGAAAAAAAAAUAAAACGUGCAAAAAUAGAAGAAAAUCGACAAAAAAGAAUUUUGAAUCCAGAUUCCAAACAGUUACUUGAUAUAGAAUUGAAUAGUAGUAAUUCUUGUAACUUGGAAACUUCCUCUCUCAGAGAAGUCACUAAACCCCAAGCACGAGUAACAGGUAUUCAACAGCCUUUUAUAGAAUCUAGUGUUGAUAGUGAUUAUUUAAAUAAUUCUGAAAACAUAAUUAAUGAUAUAAUUGAAAAAUCAGAAAAUAACAAACAAACAGAUGAUGAUAAUAGUCAAAGUAAUAAUUCUGAUUUAUCUUUAGAAAAUAGCAUUUGCUUAUCUGUCAAAAAUAUGAAAGGAGAAGAAGUACCUAUGAUGGUGACUGUUCUUGCAAUGAACACACCAAAUAUUAGGAAAUCGUUAAAUAUAUCCCAAACUACAGCAGUUGUGCAAAAAACUGUACAAACUGAAUCAGACACCUUAAAUAAUUAUAGUUCACAAAAUGAAUUUCAGUCACAGAUACAUGCAAUAGACUCAUUAACUACAGAAAAUAAAGAUGAAAUUGUGCCAAAAUCGGUUUUGCAAGUUGCUAUUGAAACUGAAUUUUCAAAAGUUCCCAUUCGUGAAUAUAAUUCAAGUUUUAAAAAAUUAUCAGAAACUGAACAUAAUAAACUUGAUGAACUGAUAGUUGCCAAUGAAAUAUUAAAAAUGCCACUUAUUUUUGGUGUGCCUGAUCCAAGUUUGUUAGAUGUCAUAAACAUGACAGACCAUGCUAUUCGACGUCUCAUUAAAAUGUCAAAAAAAAUAAAUGGCUUUAAGACAUUAUGUCAGGAUGAUCAGAUUGCUCUUCUGAAAGGUGGAUGCACUGAAUUGAUGAUCCUUCGUUCUGUAAUGUCUUAUGAUCCUGAAAAAGAUUGUUGGCAUGGCCCUCAAGGACCAAAAACAAUGUCUAUAAAAGUUGAUAUCUUAAAGGAAGCUAAGGGAAAUGUUUAUGAAGAACAUAAACGUUUUAUUAAUUCAUUUGAUCCUGUUUGGAGAGCAGAUGAAAAUGUUAUGUUAAUUUUAAGUGCCAUUGCAUUGUUUACUCCAGAAAGACCUAAUAUUGUACAUAAAGAUGUUGUUAAAAUGGAACAAGGAAUGUAUUACUAUUUGUUAAGGAGAUAUUUAGAGACUGUGUAUUCUGGAUGUGAAGCUCGCUCAAUAUAUCUUAAACUUAUCAAAAAAAUUGAAGAACUUCAUAUAUUGAAUGAAAAGCAUGUCCGAGUAUUUUUAGAUGUAAAUCCCAAAGAUGUUGAGCCAUUACUCAUUGAAAUAUUUGAUUUGAAACAUUGAAACUCAUUGGGUCAGAAUUUUCAAAUAUGUAUUUUUUCUUAAUAAUUUCAAAAUGAAAAUAAAUUGUAUAUAUAUAAA